AUUGAUGCCGAGGAGCCGAUCCGGCGCCGCCGACCCCGUCCGUGCGCGGCUCCAUGAGCCACGGCCUCGGCUAUGGACAUCGUCCUGUCGGAUUUUGUUCGCUCAACGGGGGCAGAGCCGGGGCUGGCCAGAGACCUCCUCGAAGGCAAGAACUGGGACCUGAGCGCGGCGCUGAGCGACUUCGAGCAGCUCCGGCAGGUGCACGCCGGGAAUUUGCCGCCUUCCUUCAACGAGGGCCGCGGCGCCCGACCCCCGGAGCCGCGGGAGGCGGCACGGCCGGGGCGGCCGCCCCUGCAGCGCCAGGAUGACGUCGUGCAAGAGAAGCGCCUGUCCCGAGGCAUCUCCCACGCCAGCUCCACCAUCGUGUCCCUGGCGCGUUCCCACGUCUCCAGCAACGGCGGCGGCAGCAGCGAGCACCUGCUGGAGAUGCCCAUCUGCACCUUCCAGCUGCCCGACCUCACCGUGUACUCCGAGGAAUUCCGCAGCUUCAUCGAGCGGGAUCUCAUCGAGCAGUCCAUGCUGGUGGCACUGGAGCAGGCUGGGCGCCUGAACUGGUGGGUGACGGUGGAUCCCAGUUGCCAGCGGCUGCUGCCCCUGGCCACCACCGGCGACGGGAACUGCCUUCUCCACGCUGCCUCCCUGGGAAUGUGGGGCUUCCACGACCGGGAUCUCAUGCUGCGGAAAUCCCUCUACACCCUGAUGGACAAGGGAGCGGAGCGGGAGGCGCUGAGGCGGAGGUGGCGCUGGCAGCAGACGCAGCAGAACAAGGAGUCUGGGCUGGUGUACACGGAGGAGGAGUGGCAGAAGGAGUGGAACGAGCUGAUCAAGUUGGCGUCCAGCGAGCCCCGCGUGCACUACGGCACCAACGGCGGCGGCUGCGGCGGGGUGGAGAGCUCAGAAGAGCCGGUGUAUGAGAGCCUGGAGGAGUUCCACGUCUUUGUCCUGGCCCACGUGCUGAAGAGACCCAUCGUGGUGGUGGCAGACACGAUGCUGCGGGACUCGGGGGGCGAAGCAUUUGCCCCGAUUCCCUUUGGAGGGAUCUAUCUGCCCCUGGAAGUCCCAGCCAACAAAUGCCACCGGUCUCCAUUGGUUCUGGCUUAUGACCAAGCCCAUUUUUCUGCCCUGGUCUCCAUGGAGCAGAAGGAAAACACAAAGGAUCAAGCCGUGAUCCCUCUGACGGACUCGGAGCACAAGCUGCUCCCGGUGCACUUCGCUGUGGAUCCCGGGAAGGAGUGGCAGUGGGGGAAGGACGACAGUGACAACGUCAAGCUGGCCAGUGUGACGCUGUCGCUGGAGGCCAAGCUGCACCUGCUGCACAGCUACAUGAAUGUGAGGUGGAUCACGUUGCCUUGUGACACGCAGGCACCUCUGGCCCAGCCGGAAUCCCCCACGGCCUCCGCGGGGGACGACGCUCGUUCGGCGGCAGAGUCGGGCGAGUCGGACAAGGAGUCGGUGUGCAGCAGCUCCGCCAGCAACGGGGGCGUGAGGGCAGGCAAGGACAGGGAGAAACCAAAGAAAGAGCGGGAAAAGGAGAAGGAAAAGGAUAAGAAACGGGCAGACUCGGUGGCCAACAAGCUGGGAAGCUUCGGCAAGACUCUGGGCAGCAAGCUAAAAAAGAACAUGGGGGGCUUGAUGCACGGCAAGGCCGUGAAGGGCGGCCUGAGCAACGGGCAGGGGGACACCCUGGAGAAGAAGAAGAAAGGGUCCCUGAAGGCACGGAAAGGCAGCAAAGAGGAGUGUUCCCCGGGAGACUUGGCAGCUCCCGUGGAGAAGGCGUGCCCGGGGAAAGCGGCCCCGGAGAAGGCGCCGGAUCCCUCCAAGUACAGCAGCGACGUGCGGCUGAGCCUGAGCAUCCUGCGCGCGGCCAUGCAGGGCGAGCGCAAGUUCAUCUUCGCCGGCCACCUCAAGACCAGCACCCGGCACCAGUUCCAGGAGGAGAUGAUCCAGAGGUACCUCCUGGACGCCGAGGAGCGCUUCCUGGCCGAGCAGAGGCAGAAGGAGGCGGAGAAGAAGGCGCUGGGCAGCGCUGCCCCGGCCAAGAAGCCGGAGGGGGAGGCGGGCGCCAACCGGGGCGAGGAGGCGAUGCCAGGCCCCGUGUUCCCCCAGCUGCCCCCCGCCUACCCCUCCCAGCCCCUGGAGCCGGCCCUGGGCGCUAAAAUAGCCGCUUUUCCCCCGGGCUAUUCCGGCGUUUUCACCUUCCCCAGGCCCUCCGUGGGCAGCGCGGAGGGGCCGCACCCCCCCGGGUGCCCCGAGGGCCGGAGGCAGCUGGCGGGGGGGCCCUGCGGGAGCCUCCCCCCCUACGCCACCCUGCCCCGGCACCACCAGGCCCGGCCCGGCCCCCCUGGCCCUGCCCACCCGGGCAGGUUCUCCCCCACGGACAUGGACAUCCAGCCCCCCUUCCCGCCGGAGUGCGAGGGCUCCAACUGCCUCCCCCCACACAGCAACGGCUGCCGGGAAUUCCUGGAGCAGGACAAGGGGGGAACGGCGGAUAAAACGAGGGGCCGAGCCCUCUACAACAUCCAGCAGACCAAGUGCAAACAGCCCAACUGCAGCUUUUAUGGACACCCGGAGACUGGGAAUUUCUGUUCCUGCUGUUACAAGGAGGAGCUGCGGCGCCGGGAGCGGGAGGCGCUGGUGCACAGGUUCUGACGCUCCCCCCCCACCCCCCGUGCGGAUCUGGGACCCCUGGAACACGGGGAAUGCAAUAAUAUAGAUCCAUUAUGGUUUUAUACACCCCCCCGCUCCCCUUCCCGGGAGCGGGCGAUCGUGGGAUUGGGCUGGUGGGAUGGAGGGGGCUGCAGGAGGGAGAGGGCAGGGGAAAACCAGCCCUCGCUUUCCCGGAGCCCCUGCGAGGGAGGAGGAGGAUUCCCAGGGAUGGCCUGGGACGGCGGGGGCUGCUCGGGUCGGAGCACAGGGUGAGGGGGGAGAAUUCCUCAAAAACUCAAUAAACCAGACCAAAGCUUUGGGAGCUGGGGGGGGAAUGAGGGGGGGGCAGCCCCCGCCGGGUCCUUCCCGUCGCCCCCGACCGCCCGGGACGGAGCGAAAACGCCCCGGUUGGAGCGUCACAAACCUUUUAAUGGAGUUUUUUAACACUGGUUUUAUUCUGUAUUUCUUCUUGCUGGUACUGAGCGACGGUCGGAGUUGGACACUGGUGGGGUGGGGUGGGUCGGACUCCCCCUGCCCGGCCCCGGGAUGGCUCCGAGCGCUGGGAGGGCGGGCUCGGGCUCUGCCCCUCCGUGGGCUCUGCUCUCCCCCACGGGCUCUUCCCCCGCCCCUGACGGGCUCAGCUCUGGUUUUAAAACGCUCUUUUUAAACACUUCCUGGGGCAGGGGGAGCUCCCAGCGCUCCAGGGGUUGGAGCUUUAUUUUUUCCGUGUGGAAGCCCCAACCCGCGGGAGAACCGAAGGUCGGAGUCUCCUGGCAGGAAUUCCCGCCGGCGUGGGGCAGAUCCCCCCAGGGCAGGAGGGGAUCAAUCCGGGGGGGUCGCAUAACUCCGUACUUGAGCACAGCUACUCUGUACUACCUCUGAUCCCGAUUAACUCGGCUCCGUUGUGCUGAGCCACCAACUGACCUUUAGGCUGCGGAAUUAAUCCAUAUUUUUGAUAACAGGGCUAAAAAGCGGAACAAUAAGGUAAAAUCCUCCCGUGACUAAUGUCCCACGGCAUUCCCAGCCCCAUCCCGGCCCCCCCCUCACCCCCCUGCCAGCUCCCAGGGUGGGAUUCACUUUAGCACUGCGAUGUUUGCACAGAAUUCCUUGGGUUUUUUGGUAACUGCAGCUCCCAAACCGGCCCCAAGUCCUGCACAGAGCGAGGUGCAGCGUUUCCCAUCACAUGGAAAUAAAACAGGAGUUCUACCCGUCAGCCCGAGCUUUACAACAUUCCCUUGUUUUUAUUUUGGGGUUUGUUUUUCCAGAAGGCACCAAACUAUGCAACCCCUUCUCCCGAGCUGCUCCUGCCUGUGGCCCUUCCUGGGAGAAGGGAUAGGGGAUGGGCUGGAGGAGCUGGAAGGGUGCUGAGCUCGAGGCUCACCUGACACCUUAUGCUCGGCCCUACAAAUGUUAACUUAGACCUAAAACCCCCCCGAAUUAAGGCCUUUCCUACACCUAAACCCCCCAGAUUAAGGCCUUUCCGAGUGGCAUCCCAACACUUUGAAUCCACCCAACAACCCUCCUUUGCCCACGAAUUUUCAAAUCCAAAUUUCAAAUGCCCCGGGGAUGGUUUGACUCCAGUUUUAAGUCGUUUCCCCUGGUUUUAUGAAAUCCCCGAGCGUGGCUGAAGCUGCGGGAUGCAGUCGGAGCUCCCGGGGGUCACUCCCUGGCUCCUCUGGCCUCGGAAUAAAUGCCAGAGAGUGCAGUUUUUCCCUCAAACUGCAGGAAUUCCGAUGGACUUUACCCCCAGGGCAGGGAUGUGCCACAGGCUCUGCCCCUGCUUGGUUCACCCUGGAUUUUGAGCCGAGAUGGUUUAAAACCAAACCAAACCUUCAACUAUUGUGUGGGCACCUGGGUUUAAGUUCCAGUUUCCCACAUUCAUUUUUCCCAAAAUCAGAGCAGCAGCUUUAUUUUGGGGUUGGGAAUAUCCUCCAGCUGUGCCAGGAGCUGCAGGAGCAGGGGUCCCCCAGGGCACAGGGGGGAAGGCGGGAGGUGACACUUCGCUGGUUCCUCAGGUUUUGGGAGAAUUUCUCUGCAAUUUGGUUAAAUCCAUCCCGAUGGAUGCUGGCUUUGGGUGGGGGUGGGAAGCGCCCGGACCCGCUCGCUGCUUUAUUGGGUUUGGGGGGGAGGGAGAGAGAGGGAAAAUGCAGAAAACCUGGAGGAAAAGCACCAAACCUGCCCCGGGGAGGGAUUUUUCCACGGGGAUGGGGACAGGGAGGCUGCAAUGUGACCCCAAGGUCAAACUAAGUGCACUUACUGGUGUGGUUGGCAUUCAAAUCGCUGCCAUCGGAUCCUGGUGGAAGAAAACUUUGUCUUUCAGGGUGUGUAAAACCCGUUCUUGGGAUUUUCUUUGAUUUUAUUAAAUGAGAUUCACCUUCGCCGCUCCCCGGCCCCCUCGGCAGGGGAGGUCGGGGCAGCUUUGGGUCUCACUAACGCCGAGUGACCUGAAUUAAUUCUGCAGUGGUUUAUUCACAAAAAAAAAAACAACAACAAAAAACCAACCUUUUUUUUAUUAUUAUUAUUAUUAUUAAUUCCGUAUUAAUUGGUGAUAUUUGGCCUCCUGGUGAGCAGGGCUGGAGCGGCGCGGUCGGGCUGUACCUGCGGCCUCGUUGUGCUGCCACGGACUCACUGACAAUAAAAACCUUCAGCUGA